AUGGCUGUCGGCCCCUACGCUCUCCGCCUCUCCCCGCCGCCGCGGCUCGAUGCCAUGCUCUUCCCACAGCUGCGGCCUCACCUACGCUGCCGCGUGUCCGCUCGGGUAGCUGCCGGCGGCACCAGCUGGUCUCCCGCCGCCGGUGACUCCGAAGACGGGGUCGGCGGCUGGUGGUUUCCCGAGUACGAGAAGCCGAUGAAACAGGGGAGGAGGAGGAUUGGGUUUGGGAGAGCUGUCGUGGUUGGGCUGGGAGCUUCUGUGGCGAUCGCCUUGGCUGGGCUGGCGUGGCGCUUCUCAUCCUCCAGGAAGCGUAUACAGCAACUCAUCGUUGCUCCAUUACACUAUGUUCAAGAGAAAAUGUCAACAAUGGAGUCAACAGAGACAAUCAAGGAGGAUGCAGGUGACAGGGAAUAUGAUGAAAUUGAAGUUUCUAGUUCAGCGCAUGAUAAGAAGGCUGAAGGAAUAACCGAUGAUUCAAGGCAAAACUGCAGAACAACAACUGCCAGCCAUUUUCCAUUUGGAGUUCCUACAGAUCCUGUACAUGAGGAGGCUUUCUCUAUAUUGAAGAAGCUACAGAUAAUUGAGAAAGAUGUUAGCUCCAGUGAUUUUUGUACACGGAGGGAAUUUGCAAGAUGGUUUGUUAAGUUAUGCUCAAAAUUUGAGAGGAAAAGGAUGCAAAGGAUUGUUCCUAGUAAAUUAACUUCUGGCGCAGUCCAAUGUGCCUUUGAUGAUGUCAAUAUUGAUGACCCAGACUUUCUAUAUAUCCAAUCUUUAGGAGAAUCUGGUAUCGUAUCGAGCAAGUUGUCAAGCUCCUUGGGAACAUUGACAAGUGGCUCUCCUUCCAAGGGAAAUUCCUUGUUCCUACCUGAUAGUUACCUCUCUCGUUUCGAUCUUGUCAAUUGGAAAGUGCUUGUUGAGCAUCCAUUUGCAUUGGAAAUAGACCAAAAGAUGCUGAGUCAAAAUGUUUGCAUUUUGGAUCUGCGUGCCUGCCCAGAUGUGUCUCCGUCCAUGCUCAUAGAGCUAAUGGCUGGUGAAAACAGCAUCAUCAGCAGAGUUUUUGGAAAUACUAGACGCCUUCAACCAGACAAACCUGUAACUAAAGCGCAAGCAGCUGCUGCGUUAACCAGUGGUCGAAUGAAGGAAGCAAUUCAGGAAGAGUUAAAUAGACUUGAAGCAGAAAACCAAGCCCAUCUUUCUGUUAUAGCUGAAAUAAUGGAAGAGUUAAUUAGUAGGGGAGAUAUACAACAACAAUGGGAGGAAAAGAUGAAAAAGGAGCAAGAACGGGCUCUUGAAGUUGACAAUAAUCUUCAACAUGUGUUGCAUGAGCUUGCAAAUGAGAGGACAGACAGAGAAGAGGAACUAGCAGACUUGUUGAAAGAAAGAGCAGAUUUAGAACGCCAGAAUCAGGAACUCAUAAAUUUAAGGUCAGAAGUUGAUGGCAUGUAUGAUAGAUUGGCAACUGAGAAUGAAGAGGUCAUGGCUGAUCAGCAAACUUUGGAAAACCAGUUGUCUGACUUGACCAGCAAGCAUCAAGCUGUCAAUGAAGCUAAAUCAUAUCUUGAAGCUGAGAAGGAAGCUCUUACGAUGCUAAGGACUUGGGUGGAAGAUGAAGCAGCACGUGUCCAUGAACGAGCUGAGACACUUGAGAAGGCUUUGAGAAGAUGGCGAAUCACAGAAGAUUGA